CGCAAAUAUUACCCAAGGUGGCCGAGCAGGGCAAUCAAACAGUCCCUGCAGAGACGGGCUGGGCUCAGGACUUCUCUGCCGGACGCUAAGACUGUCCAGGGGGCGAGGAGAGUCCACGCGCGCGUGCACGUACAGAAGGCUGAACCAAGACUGCACCAAACUGUGGGAGUUUGCUGGCCAUGAAGCGUCCGCCCCUGCCCUGGCUGUGCCGCGCUCUACUGCUGCUGUCUGCCCGUGCAGCGGUUGCCAUUGUGAUCCCCAACGGAACGCAGGUGGAGGCCAUGCUGCAGAGGUACCUGGAGAAAGAAGAGUCGUGGUGGGAAGCGAGACCGAGGGGCAGGAGGGCAAUUUCGGCGAGUGACAUGCAGCUUAUCCUAGACCUGCACAAUAAGCUGCGGGGUCAGGUGUAUCCCCCUGCUUCAAACAUGGAGUACAUGGUCUGGGACACGGAGCUGGAGCGCAGCGCGGAGGAUUGGGCUCACACCUGCAGGUGGGAGCACGGCCCUCCCCACCUGCUCACACAGAUCGGUCAGAACCUGGGGGCACACUGGGGCAGAGACAGGCCUCCAACCUUUCAUGUGCAGGCCUGGUAUGAUGAGGUCCGUUAUUUCAGCUACCCGUAUCCACAGGAGUGUAACCCCUACUGUCCCUACAGAUGCUCCGGACCCGUCUGCACUCACUACACACAGCUGGUUUGGGCCACCAGCAGCAAAAUUGGGUGUGCCAUCAAUGUGUGCUACAACAUGAAUGUUUGGGGCAUGAUCUGGGCCAAAGCUGUCUAUCUGGUCUGCAAUUACUCUCCACCAGGGAACUGGUGGGGUCAUGCUCCGUAUAAACACGGACACCCAUGCUCCGCCUGUCCGGCCAGCUAUGGAGGCGGCUGCAGAGACAACCUCUGCUAUAAAGACGAUGGCAGUCAGAGAUACUAUGAUCCAGAACCGGAGGAGAAUAACUAUAUAGAGCCGGAGCGAGAGCCCGCCCGCAGUCAGGUGUCCCACCCCGUAGAACCUUCACCAACUCCGCCUCCCAGCCACAGCCUGGACAGGAACGACGUCUCCAGCACUGAACAAAUGUCACAGCAAGUGUCAUGUGAUACAAAAUUACGGGAUCAGUGUAAAGGAACCACCUGCAACAGGUACGAGUGUCCAGCGAGUUGUUUAUACAGCUAUGGGAAAGUGAUCGGAUCGGGACACUAUGAUAUGCAAUCCAGCAUUUGUGGAGCAGGUUUACACGCAGGAAUUAUAGACGCCGAUGGAGGCUGGCUGGAUAUCACGAGAGUGGGCAGAAGGCAGCGCUUUGCAAAGUCCUACAAAAACGGAGUUCAGACUCUGGCGAAAAACCACAGCGCUAAUGCAUUCACCGUAUCAAAAGUACCAGUUAAAGCCAUCGCGUGUGACGUGACCGUGGCUCAGUACUGUCCUUUCAAGAAGCCCGUCAGACAUUGUCCAAGGUUGUUUUGUCCUCGUAACUGCCUGUACGACAGCCAUGCCAGCGUCAUUGGGACACGUUACUAUGCAGAUCGUUCAAGUAUCUGUCGGGCAGCGAUUCAUGCCGGUGUGAUUCAGAGUGAGUCUGGAGGCUACCUGGACGUGAUGCCGGUGGACAGAAGGCGGCAGUAUACUGGCUCAAACCAGAAUGGAAUUGCCUCAGAGAGCCUGCAGAAUCCCACAGGAGGCAAGGCGUUCAGAGUGUUUGCAGUCAUAUGAAGCCAAACUCCAAGGACACACAUCCAAACACAGCACUUCGUAGCGCAGCGGCCAGCCAUCACAGCGUUCGUUCACGCUGAGCCUUGUUUACGGCCGAAAAGUCUUCUUAACGGGGAAAAACGAAAAAAAAAAAGACAUUGACAUUGACUCCAUCUGGCCCCAAGAAGCGUCCGCAAGUUUCCGACUCCAGCUUUCUUUUUUCUGCACGAUGACCAUCAAAUUUUAGGGACACUUUGCCUUUUUUUUUUUAAGUUUAAAUUUUCACAUUUAACUUAAGAAUUUCGCAGCUUAAACAUGUUCAUCAAAGUAUCUUCUUCCGCAUAAAUAAUGAUUGGAGAGUCCAAACUGUUCUUAAAAGUGCACAUUUAAAUCUCUUUCAGCCCACAGGUGUUUCAAACACCUGAAAGGUCCGAGUGCUGACAUCAUUAGGGGAUAAGACGAUGGGUGGGCUACUAAAUUAGAAUUUAAUAACAAA